CUUUAAUGUUUCACCUGGCCACACCUGGAGCGCCGCCGGUCUGCUGGCGUUUCGCAAUAGAAACCCCACAGUUCGCGCUCUCAUGGUCAUUUUCGUAUUUCCUCCUUUACGAUGAAUACAGAGCUCGUGAGAAAUGUAAAGUUUGAUGUUGACAAAGGGCUCUGAAUCCGGACAUUGAGAGUACUUUAGCCCGGCAUGUUGGGACACACAAUCAGGAACUAACAAAAGUGCGUGACUGGGUCGGAAGUCCAACUGCAGCGAAAACGCACAGACGUUACAAAAUGACUGAAAUGCUGUCUGUGAGUUCGAAGCCAGAUCAACAAGUCCCCCAGCCCAUCGGAGUCAUAGUGGAGCCGAAGACUCAACUGGGGAACGGGCUGGAGGAAGACGAGGAGAAGAAGCAGGAGGCAUGGGACGAGGAGCAGUGCGUCACCUCUGCCAGGUUUGAGCCCAGCACCCUGCCCUGCCGGGGGGCUAAAGAGAUGGCGGAUGAGGAACAAGCAGGAAGUGUACGCCUUGGUAAAGAAGGGAUACUGGAGAAGAAAGCAACAGAGGAGGACAGGGGGAGCCUAGACUCUGGGUCUGUACACGUGGGCCAGGAGAGCAGGACGGAGAGCGAGAGGGAGCUGGGCCUGAAGCAGAGGGUCCCAUCAGACGGCUGGCAGGAGAAAGAGAGGAAGUUGGGGAUGGACAACCGGGAGGUGGGCGACACGGACAGCCUGAGGAACAGCAUGCCCGAGAAGACCGCUCAGGUGUUCCACCCCAACGUCACCGUCCUGCAGCUCUCCAGGCAACGGCACACCCAGGGAGACGGCUGCCCCCUACUGGCAGAUGAAAGAGGGUGUCACGCCCACCAUGGUUCCCAGGGGGCGCUGUCAUAUUCCUGUUACUAUGACAGAGAGGACAAACCGUCCAUGUGCUACAGCAGCGGAGUCCGCAGCAGCCUGAAGGCCACGGCAGCGAUGAUCAUGGGGGCUCUGAUCUUCCCGGUCCUCGUGUGGGGUGGUUAUGUCUUCUUGCCCUUUGAUGCCCCGCUGCUCAACACUGCCCCCGAGAGGCUGGUCUACACGUUGCGCUGCUCCGUCUUUGCCCUAGUUCCUAUUGUCAUGGGUGUUCUGGUUCUGGGUGUGUCCCGACUGCGGUUCUGUUAUGUGGAACCGAUGUAUGAGGGUCAGGUGGAGCCCAGGGUGGUGGCCGUCCAUCGGCACUACAUCCACGACUCCAUCUCCCUUUUCUUGCUCUACUUCCUGCAGUUGGCUGUCAUGGCAACUUACUUGAGUCAGAAGUGUCUGAAGCUGGUGCCUUUACUGACCAUUAUGUUUUCUUUGGGCAGGCUGGUCUACUGGCUGUUGGCAGCUCUGGGCGGAAAUGGCGCCCGUGGCAUCGGGUUCGGCAUGUCCUUCCUGCCCGUGCUGGCCAUGCUCGGGGCGAACUUGUACUUCAUCUUCACGCUGGAGGCCGGGGGGAGCAUCUUCGCGGUGGAGCCCCUGCCCGAAUCGGCCGAGGCCCCCCGCCAGCGCUUUUGGGGCUAGAGCACAGGAGCGUCGAGCCACUGGAGAGAUACGGGCUGAUUUAGCGAUUACGGCUCUUCCGGUUUCCGGGACUAUUGGCUCCACGGGGGUGAGAUGCUGCCCGCGGCACGAUCUUGCGCAAAACGGACAAUCACAGAACCGGAAAGUGAAUACAGAAUACAAGAGUGAUGGUGGAUAUGGGGCCAUUUUCUCCAAGUGGAAAUUGCUUAGUGCUGUACAACUUGCAUUUGUGAAAUUACUGCAUGUGGGGGAACCUGCUGCAUUAGGGCUGUUUUGUAUCACGUGUGUGACAGAAACUGGACACUCCUGCACUGUAAUUACACACCCUAAAGGAUGUUGCUUCCUCUCUCUUGUGGUUUCUGUUAAUUGGUAUUUAAGCUGAGAUGUUUUCACAUAGAUGGGAGUGUGGUUCUCUUUGGGGAAACCACUAAUUCCUAGUUUUGGGAGUAAGUGUAAGGCUGUACAGUGGUGUAUCCAACCUGUCAUUCGGGUCUUAUGUGCGCGUGUCUUUCUUCUCCAUGAAAUUCACCGAGUCUGAAUCCGUCAUAAAUAAACAAAUCUGCGGACGGGGAAAAAUGCUUUAACCCAUUUCAUGCCACUGAAUGAUCAUCAAAACAACGCAUUAAUCAAAGAAAUUGACAUGUAGCAACGAUUCUACUAUAUUAGGCAUUUUAUUAUUGCAUGAUUGCCGCCGCUGCCUUUGUCUUGUCAUUCUGUAUGUUUGUUUACUUGAUAAAUUUUCUUUGCGCUGAAGUAUAUAUCAGAACUGAUUAAAAUGACUGAAAUAU